AUGUCGGCGAUGAAACUAUCUCAGCCACCGCCUUCCGCCGCAGUAUGCACUAUCCGAAGCUCUCUUCUCACUCUCUCUAUCCUAACCCUCGUCUCAUUCACUUACCUCUCUCUUAAACCCCUGCACUCCCCUUCUCUCCAAUCAUCCCUCUCUGCUACACCAUCCCCUCUCACAGUACAACACCUUCUGCCCAAGGUUGUUGGAGAUGUCGGCGUGGAUCAUGCCGAGAAAGUGGUCGUGCCGGAAAAGGAAGGACGAGACCCGCGUGAUGACGUGGAAGACGACGUUUACCAUCUGCCGAAGGUGUUCAGGUUGAAUUAUGAGGAGAUGAUGAGGCGAUUUAAGGUGUACAUAUACUCCGAUGGAGAUCCGAAUACUUAUUACCAAACGCCGCGAAAGCUCACCGGAAAAUACGCCAGCGAGGGAUACGUUUUUCAGAAUCUCAGGGAGAGUAAAUUCACAACGGAUGAUCCGGAUCGGGCGGAUUUGUUCUUUAUCCCAAUCUCUUGUCAUAAGAUGCGAGGCAAGGGCAUAUCGUAUGAGAAUAUGACCAUAAUAGUCCAAAACUAUGUGGAGAGCUUGAUGAACAAGUACCCUUAUUGGAAUAGGACUUUGGGCGCAGAUCACUUCUUUGUUACUUGUCAUGAUGUAGGAGUGAGAGCCACUGAAGGCCUUCCAAAUCUCGUGAAAAACUCCAUUCGUGUUGUGUGCUCUCCUAGCUAUGAUGUUAAUUUUAUACCACACAAAGAUGUUGCACUCCCACAAGUUCUUCAGCCUUUUGCCCUUCCAGCUGGAGGAAAUGACAUAGAGAAUAGGACGACACUCGGCUUCUGGGCAGGACAUAGGAAUUCCAAGAUUAGGGUCAUACUGGCGCAAGUAUGGGAAAAUGAUACUGAACUUGAUAUUUCAAAUAAUAGAAUUAACAGGGCAACUGGACAUCUGGUGUAUCAGAAGAGAUUUUACAGAACAAAAUUUUGCAUUUGCCCUGGUGGCUCUCAAGUCAAUAGUGCUCGUGUAGCUGACUCUAUUCACUAUGGAUGCAUACCUGUGAUACUCUCUAAUUACUAUGACUUGCCUUUCAAUGACAUAUUGAACUGGCACAAGUUCUCAGUAGUCCUAAAGGAGAAAGAUGUCUAUCAACUGAAGCAAAUUCUUAAGAACAUUACACAAGAAGAAUUUGUCAUGCUGCACAACAAUUUGGUGAAGGUGCAGAAGCACUUCCAGUGGAACACACCUCCCCAGGAUCACGAUGCAUUCCAUAUGGUCAUGUAUGAACUUUGGUUACGCCAUCAUGUGAUCAAGUACUGA